UUAGCUAAUUAUGUUAAAGUCAGCUGAUUUACAGGUCCAUGUAACUUAGGCAGCUAACCAAGCUUCCGUCUACCUAGCCUAACAGUUUGUUUGUCUACUGGCGUUACCUAAAGCUAAGUUGGAUGGCUAGUUUUAGUUUAGUUUUAGUGUAGCUUACCGAUAUACUAUAGACUACAGUGAUUCACCGGUAACGUGCUGGCUGCUUGUAUAACGUAGGUUAGUUAGUUACCUAGCGUUACCUGGGUUAAAUAGCUAGUUUGUUUUAGUUUUGGUGUAGCCAAACGAUAUAACGUACAGAUAUUUACCACGAACCGGUUGGCUCGUUGUAUAACGUAACAGUUAGUUAGUUAGCUAGCUAGCUUAGCUAGGUUAGGUUAGUUACUCUGUUAUUGUAGUUAGGGUUAGCUUAGUUAAUUAACGCAACUAGCUAUCUCUGAGUGCACGGUAUUAAUAGCUGACUUGGUUAGCUAGCUAGCUCAACAGCUAGCACCUAACAGCUAGUUAAUAACUAGUUAGCUAACCUAGCUAUCUCUGAGUGCACUGUACUAAUGGCUGACUUGGUUAGCUAGCACUUAACAGUGUUUUUCAACUAGAUGGUUUGUUAGCUCGUUUUCCCCCAACAAAAUGUUAUUUUCUAAAUUUAGCUAACCUAUUAAACAGGUAUGAGUUUCACAGAAGACGUCUUGUUGUAUAACGUAACUAGUAAGCGUUAGCUGUUGGUUAACCUAUUAGCUUAGCUCCUCUGUUAUUAAAAUGAGCAGGAUAAAUCAGAGGACGCUGUUUCAGACCUGGGGCACUGGUGUUCCUGAGACAGCUCCAGCUGUUAAAAAGGUGUCACACCGUCGUACUGUGGGCACAACUCAAGCCCAGGGAAAAAGGAAGGACAGGGUAACUGAAAAUGGGCAUCAUAUGUCUCACCGCAGCUCCCUCUGGGCAGAGGUUUGUCCCCCGGUGACCAAGUCCAAUGAAGCUCCUGAAGAGGAGCCAGAGCUGGAUGAUGAUCUGAUGCUCCAAGCUGUACAUGAAACUGAAAAAUCUAUAGAGCUUUUAGAGAACAGCACCGGGACAGAGACUGAGGAAUUAGUAGCGGAUUCAACAACAGACCUUCCUGGAUAUGACAGCUCCUCAGGCAGAGUGUGGAUCUACCCAACCAAUUUCCCAAUCAGGGACUAUCAGCUAAAGAUUUCAGAAGCUGCCCUGGUCCACAACACACUGGUCUGCUUGCCCACCGGCCUGGGGAAGACCUUUAUCGCCUCUGUGGUGAUGUAUAACCUGUAUCGUUGGUAUCCUUCAGGAAAAAUAGUCUUCAUGGCCCCCACGAAACCCCUUGUGGCACAGCAGAUUGAAGCUUGUUAUAAAGUCAUGGGAAUACCACAGCAGCACAUGGCAGAGUUAACAGGCAGCACUCCAGCACCGCAGAGGAGGGAGCUGUGGAGAUCAAAACGGGUUUUCUUCCUUACCCCACAGGUGAUGGUGAAUGACCUAUCAAGAAACGUAUGUCCUGGACCUCAAGUUAAGUGCGUGGUUAUUGAUGAGGCCCACAAGGCAUUAGGGAAUCAUGCGUAUUGUCAGGUGGUGCGGGAGUUGGGGAAUCAAACAAAGCAGUUUCGCGUUCUAGCGCUCAGCGCCACACCUGGUGGAGACAUUAAGGCUGUGCAGCAGGUUGUCUCCAAUCUGCUCAUCUCACACAUAGAGCUGCGGUCAGAGGAGAGUCCAGACGUUCAGGCACAUUGUCACCAGCGCAGUUUGGAGAAGAUUGUUGUUCCCCUCGGAGAGUCGCUGACUGAAUACCAGACUCGUUACUUACAGGUCCUGGAGAAGUUCACAUUUCGUCUGACCCAGAUGAGGGUGCUUAAUCACCAUGACCUUCGCACCCUCACCAAGUACCAGCUAAUUCUCGCCCGGGAACAGUUCAGGCGCAACCCUCCACCUCACGUUAUGGUAGCACAACGAGGAGUUUUUGAGGGUGAUUUUGCUCUGUGUAUUAGCCUGUACCACGGGUAUGAACUUCUACAGCAGAUGGGCCUUCGAUCUCUCUUUCUCUUCUUACAGAACAUCAUGCAGGGCUCUAAAGAGUCAUCGCGAGCCAGAAAGGAACUGCAGAGCAGCACUAUCUUUAUGACCCUUUAUAAAGACAUGGAGGCUCUGUUUCUUACAUGUGCAAAAGGUCCUGCAGAGCAAUAUUUUUACAGUCAUCCCAAACUUCAUAAACUAGAUGAGGUGGUUUUACAACACUUCCAAGAGUGGUCUAAGAACUCAGGCAGUGGUCAGCGCUCUGGAGACACCUCAGCAGUAGUGAGCACAAGAGUGAUGAUCUUCUCUUCUUUUCGUGAGAGUGUUCAGGAAAUUGCAGAGAUGCUUAACCGCCACCAGCCCCUGAUCAGGGUCAUGACCUUUAUGGGGCAGGCGUCCGCACAGAAGGGGGUUAAAGGGUUCACCCAGAAGGAACAGCUUGAGGUGAUGCGGAGGUUCAGAGAAGGCUGCUUUAACACACUGGUGUCCACCUGUGUGGGUGAAGAGGGUCUUGAUAUUGGAGAAGUGGACCUCAUCAUCUGCUUUGAUGCUCAGAAGAGUCCUAUCCGUCUGGUUCAGCGAAUGGGGCGUACUGGGCGCCACAGGCAGGGGCGUAUAGUGAUCAUACUGGCUGAAGGGAGAGAGGAGAGGACCUACAACCAGAGCCAGAGUAAUCGAAGGUCUGUGAAUAAAUGCAUCGUGGGGAACAAGCACAGCCUCCACAUGUUUCCCCACAGCCCCAGGAUGGUACCCGUUGGAGUCACCCCCACCCUACAUAAAAUGCACAUCACCUGUGGCCAGUUCGAACCCAAAAACACUAGCCGGCGCUCCAUAAAGGAUAACCAGUCACUCCCCAGGGAGAGAUUACUGCUCAACCCUCAGGCCCAGGUGGGUGCUGAGCAGGACAGUGUGAAGGAUGAUGGAUUUCUCAGCCCUGCUGAACAGGCUGAGUGGGCUUCCACCAUGAAGCUGCCUGAGGAUGAACCCCAGUUCAAGCUCAGAGAGUCGUCCUUCCUGUUUCUCGGUGGAGAUCCCCAGCUGCAUGAAUCAUCCGUACACAGUGAAGUGAGACAUCUGUCGCUAUGGGAAUGGAGACACUGGCAAAAUCAGCCUCUUCCCACCCACAGAGUGGAGCACUCCAGCCGCUGUUUACAUUUCACUGCCAUUAUGGACCUCACUGAUAGGAUGAAACUGGAGGAGGAGGUUGACUUCAGAUAUGAGUCAGAUCUCGUAUCAUAUCAGUCUAAGGAGGAUGUUGCAGAUUGCACGGAGGAUGGCAGGGCACCAGCACAAACGAGUGGAAAAACUCCCUGCCAAAGUAAAUCUAAAGCCAACUGUGUUGGUCGAGACACCGGCCUUCCUAUCUCAACAGCUAAUUCAGGUGGUCUCAGUGCUUUCCAGAGCAUCUGUAACAACUCUGGGACUGAUGAGGAUGUUGUAUAUGUCUUGUCAGAUGAUGAAACUAAGGAGUCCAACAUCAACACGUCGCCACAAGAAGAUACGCUACAGAGAAACCCUACAGAUCCAGAGUGUGCAGUGACUGAAACAAACCCUGAUCUUCACUGUGAUCUGCAGGAGGAAUUUUCGGAAUACCUCGGAAGUACUGAGGAAAUGUUCUACCUACCGAAAUGGAAUGACUGCCCAAAGCCACACCCUGUGAAAAAACAUGCAGAAAGCUUGAACAUAAUUCUCUCCAAUGUCAGGAACUUCCUCUCCAAAUCGCCGGAAAAGCACUUUGACCUUGAACCUGCUUUCUUUAAUGAGUUAAAAAAUAUUAGCAGUCAUAUAAGGGAAGAAGCUGAUCAGUUCCAGGUCAGUUUCAGUCUUGAGCGAGAUCAGAACUCAGUGGCUGAGGACUCUGAUAACUCUGACAUCACAAACAUCCUUCAUGAAUCACCUGAUACUCCAGAUAUUCAUCUUCCUUGUGAACGGUUGCCUGACAACAGGCUUUCCACAGGCCCAGUCAAUACUUCCAAAAGCCCUAGCUGGGAUGUGUUAUUUGAUGAUGGUCUGGAUGACAGAGAGGCAGAUAAGAAGGCUGAUGAACUACCACUGCAGUCGAACAUGCAUCUGCAGUUUACCAGUUUAGAUGAGAGUGUUGACCUUUUUGGGGAUGAUGAGGCUUUCCUGCAAGUAUCAUUAUCAGAAACUAAACCUCCAAACAAAACCUCAGUGACCCCUGAAAAGGAUAUUCAACCAAAGGAACAGACAACACCUGGUGUAGAGCAUAUAUCAGAUGCCUCAUCCCGAUCCAAUUCUCUGCAGUUUGGAAAGGAAGCAGCAUCUCCGCCGGAUUCUGAGGCUUUAGCCUGUUCUCAGGGCAAUUUUUCAGUCAAUUUCGACCUUGGAUUUUCUUUCGACUCAGACGAGGAACCUGCAGAACAGACUCCUGCCAUUAACACAAGAACAGUAGCUGAAAAAGAGCAGACAUUUAGCUCACCUACUCCAAAUCCAUCCAAGCACCGCUAUACUGCUGGACAUGUUUCAACUCCCAGAGUGUUCUCAAAGAACAGAAAGACAAUCUCAUCUCUCAUGGAAAACACCAACAUGUCUCCCAUAACCACAGACAGAAAUAGUUUCGCACUGAAAACAAAUGCCUCCAUUUUGAGUUCUGCAUUUGUCUCUCCAGAACCAAAAAACAUAGACAUUUCAAACAAAACCUUCAGUCCUCAAAUACAAUUUACAGGCAACAGAUCAUCUCGACAGUCUCCUUUUCAGUUUAGGAAGACUGCUCAUCAGUCUGCUUGUUCAGGUCAGCUGAACAGUGACAGUGAGGAGGAAGUAAUUGUAAAGAAAAAAGGAGGACCGGUCAAGAUCAAUCCUCUGGCCUCUCCAGAGGCAAAAAUCAUCUGCUCUGAUGUGGAGUCUCCCAUUCAAAUAUGUAGAAAGCGUGUCCCUCAACUAAAUAAGAAGGCAAAGCACAAAGCAGGGAGGCAGUUCCUGGAUGAGGAGGCAGAGCUCUCAGAAGAUGGGGACACUGUCUCAUCAGAUGAAUGUGAUGGAGAAGAGCUAGACCAGUCUUUGCAAGGUUUUGUAGUGGAUACCACCCAGUUGUCUCAAGGCCUUAAUGAUUCUGAGAUGCAGGGAUUUUAUCUGAAGUCUGUGAGGAGCCCUGCAGUCACAAACAAAUAUAGAAUGGUACAUAAGCCUCUACAUAAUAUGGACAUCUUCUCACAGAUCCCUGAGCAGGACGAGACGUACGCAGAGGACAGCUUUGUGGUCAGUGGCAGUGAAGUGGAAGAAGUUGGUAAUUCUGAUGAGGAGGAAGAGGAAGAUGUAGUAUUGAUCGGACAAGAAGACUCCUACGUCGAUGGGAGGAGAAUGUACGCCACGAGGCGCAGAGUUCAGCUCCGACAGACGAGGACUGAAGUUAAAAACCACAACACUGAGAAGCCCCAGAAAACCAAGCGCUCUAGAAUUGUCAGAGUGGUGGAUUCUAGUGACGAUGAAGAGGAGAGUACAACUACAAAGAUGAAGAGGCUGUGCACUUUAGAGGCCCCUGUUUCAGAAAAAACAGCUAAACAGGAGUCUAAAACAUCUCCAGGUGUAGAGGGAUGCACAAAGCAGACCACGCAACACAAAGAUGAGAGGACUCAACAGAAGUUCAGGAAUAAAGCACUGCUGUCUGAAAAACUGGACUUUCGGGAACCUCUCUCUACAUCUUUAGCUAAAAAUCAGUCCUCUGUGGCCACAGGUUCUAAAGCUUUCGGUUCCUCCAGCGUCCAAGCUUCUUCACGAACCCGUUUGAGUAUCCUCGUCGACAGCCGCUGCAUCGUCAGUGGUGCAGAUGUGGUGUCUGCUCUUCGCUUUAAGCAUGGGGUAGUGGUGGAGGUCUGCUCUUUGAUGACCUGUGAUUUUAUUGUGAGCAAGCGCAUGGCUGUGGAGUGGCAGAGCGAGUCUGAGGUAGCGAGUCCUCAAAGCCGAAAGCGGCUGCAGCAGCGAAUCCAGAGCCUGCAGGCUUUAUUUGAAAGGGUAUGCUUUAUCGUGGAGAAAGACCGUACUAAAACUGGAGAACCACUGCGUUUCUUCCAGCGCACCUCUUACUAUGACAGCACUGUAGCUGGGCUGGUGAGGGCAGGGAUCCGGCUGCUGGUCAGCCAGGGUCCAGAAGACACCGCUGCUCUACUGGCAGAAUUGGCCCAAGCAGAGCUCAGAAAAGAGCAGGCCAUCUCUGUGCCCUUGGAGGUCAAAGGUCCUCAACAGCAAGCUCUGAAGUUUUACCUCACACUGCCCUGUGUCACAUACGUUAAUGCCCUCUACAUGUGUCAUGGCUUUAGCUCCGUCAGUCAUCUGGUGAACAGUUCUGUGGAUGCACUGCAGGCGGGUGCAUGCCUAAGCCACAGUAAAGCUGCGGAGAUUUACCACUGUCUGCACUACCCAUGUGACCCCACACUAAUGAAAAUCAACACGCCAACGAAAAACCUCUAAUGUAACAUAAUGCACAUUUCAGACACACGAAAGUGUGUUUGUCUCUUCUGUGUAAGCUACCUCAGUCUGUGUUAUGUCUGUUUGUAUGAAUGUAAAAUAAUGAAUAUUUUGUUAGCUGUGUCAUGUAAAGAGUUUUGUUUUGUGUAAGGUAGGUUUGUGCAGGUAACAUGAGCAAUAAAAAUAUUUCUAAUCGUG